AUGGAGGUUGAUGAUGAUCAGCUCUCCAUCUUGGCUUCUCUGAAAAAAUAUGAUGUUUUUAUCAGUUUUAAUGGUGAAAUUCGUAAUAAUUUUUUUAGUCAUCUCUGUAGAGCGUUCAACAAUAUCGGAAUUAAAAUCUUCUUCGAUGAUAAAAUUGACCGAGGAGAGGAAAUUUCCAAGGCUCUUUUCGAUGCCAUCGACCAAUCUAAAUUUUGUUUAAUUAUUUUUUCUAAAAACUAUGCGUGUUCAUCGUGGUGUUUGGAUGAGUUGGUGUAUAUUCUCGAAAAGAAGCAAAAGAAAGAGCUGAUUGUUCUCCCUGUAUUUUAUUAUGUUGAGCCGUCUAUUGUGCGUAGACAAAAAGACACUUUCGAAACUGCAUUUUUUAACCAUGAAAAAUGUUACAAUGAUACUAUUAUACACAACUGGAGAGUUGCUUUAAUUAAAGCUGCUGGUCUUUCUGGAUGGGAUGCCUCAAAGAUAAGGAAUGAUGAUGAAUUAGUCAAUGACAUUGUCAAUCAUAUACAAGCCAAAUUGGGAUCUGCGUCAAAGCAAGAAUUAGAUGGAAUUGACAAAGCUAGCAUCGGACGACUUUGUGGCAUGGGGACAUCUGUAAAGCUUGGAAGUAAAUUAUAA